CGUGCAUAGUCAACACUCUUGCAUUCAGGAAAGCUUUGGUUGCGAUUCGUUGACGCUCUUUCCGAGGCAUCACAACCGGAUGCUCCUCACUGGCCAGCUUUCACGAGCUUAGGAUAGCGUCAUAGAAGAAAAUAUAAGUUUGGCUGUAAGUUUACGUGAUCCAUAGCAGCUGCUGCAACCGAACGCUGUCGAGGCAGAUGGGGCAGGUGGAGCUGCUUUCGGGGCCGCUAGCGAGCGGGCGGCCUCCGGGAAAGCCACUGGUGAUCAAGGAGAACUGGACCGCUGCCCUGAGCGACCAGUUGCGCCUCUUUAGCGUUCAGCUUAUCUGCUCGGGCGGGUCCAGCGCCGUCGCCAAAACCAUGGUUGCGCCGCUGGAGCGGAUCAAGAUCCUAUUGCAGGUGCAGCACAUGGCCGCCGCCGAACGCGCCGCCGCGCGCUACACGGGCGUGCGGGACGUGCUGGCGCGGCUGCCGGCGCGGGAGGGCGGCGUGCUGUCUCUGUGGCGCGGCAAUGGCGCCAAUGUGGCACGCCUGUUUCCGGACGUGGCCUUCCGCUUCGCAGUCCACGACCAGUUCCGGGUCAUGUUCGCGCCGCUGGACGGCUCGCCGCCCGGCGUGGCGGAAAAGCUGGCUGCGGGCGCGGCCACCGGCGUCCUCAAGACGGCGCUCUUCUACCCGCUGGACCUGUGCCGCACCCGCAUCACCGCAGACCAGUCACUGGCCGCAACGGCAUCGGCGACCGCCGCCUCCGCCUCGAUGACGCCGACAAUGCCGGCAGCGGCAGCAGGGCCCGCAGCGGCAGGGCAGGCGGCUGGUGCGGGAGCAGGAGCCGGAGCGGCUGGUGCCGGGAGCGCGGCGACGGGAACGGGGACAGGAGCUGGAGCGAAGCUAGGUGCUCAGGCGGUGGAGCACGCGGGCGCAGCGGGCGCGGCCGCAACGGGACCUUCCUCUGCAGCCGCAGCGCCGCAAGCUGCCAGCGCCACAGGUGCUGGGGGCGGGCGCCCGACGGCUGGCGGGCCUGCCGCCUCUUCCACAUCCCACGUACGCGGCUUCGCGUCUUCGUCAGCGGCGGCGGCUUCCGCAGCCGCAUCCACGUCAGUAGUGCAGGCGCAGGCGCUACGGGCAGGGCAAGGAGCGGGACCAGGCCCGGGAAGCGGCGGCGGUGGUGGUGGCGGUGCCGUGGGGCGGACGUACCCGAACAUCCGCGUGUGCAUGGUGGCGACGCUGCGCGAGGAGGGCGUGCGGGGGCUGUACCGCGGCUGCCUGCUGUCCAUGGGCGGCGUGGCGCCGUACCUGGCCAUCAGCUUUACCAUGUAUGACGAACUGCGGCGGCGGCUGCCCGCAGACCGCGAGUCGGUGUCGGCCUGGUGGUACCCGCUGCUGAAGAUGGGGUGUGGCGCGGCGGCGGCGGUGUCGGCGCAGACCGUGGUGUACCCGCUUGACACGGUCCGGCGCUGCAUGCAGAUGAACGGGGCAGCGGGGCAGGCGGUGCGUUACCGCUCCGCCUACGACUGCCUGCGCCAGCUGCUGCGCAGCCCCGGCGGCGGCCUGGCGGCGCUGUACCGGGGCUGCGCCGCCAACUGCCUCAAAACCUCCAUCGGCGCGCCCAUCCACUUCAUUAUGUACGACGCAAUCAAGGCCGGGAUCCAGGCCGUGGAUCCGACCACGGGCGUGUCGUCACCGCUUUAGUGCAACGGGUAGUAUCAGCAUGCAGGGCCGGCAUGGCGUGGCAUGGGGAUGGUGCCAGGAAGACAGGGUUGGUGAGGUGUGGUGCACUGGUGCGUGGCGUGUGCGGCGGCUUGUGUGAGCGGGAGCGUGUGGCGUCGGUGCAGGCAAGCUCUAUGAGGGUGUGAAGCAGUAUUCGAGAGCGGUAGGUAGCAGUUGAUCAGCUGAGACGGGACGGAAAUAAAAAGCAGGUGACACGGGCAUUGCACGAGGGAGUGAAGCGAGCGGGCAGAAGGGGAGGCAAGCGCUGGAUCUGACGUGAACAAAGACGAGGAUUGCCCUUUGCUGUAAUGCAAGCGCACUCAUGGCAGACUCUCCACGCUGGCUGGGAGGCGCGUUGAGGCUGCUUAACCCUGAUCAGGGCGCACUCAUGCAUGCACCCCAAGCCAUCGCUGAUUCGCUGCCAGCCUGCCAAGCCCCCAUGCACACGGCGUAUCCACUCGGUGAGCCGGCGCCUCAGCAGGCCAAAGGAGCCUGGGGAAGCUGGAAUAGUAUUCGGAUGUGAUUGUUGGGAAUGUC